CACCAGAACCACAUUGCUGUGCUGAGUCCUGCACUCACAGAUGGCUCCCUGGGUGACAUGAUCUUCCAUUCCUCCAAAAACCUAGGCUUAGUUCUGGACAUCGUUGAAGACCUGCGACUCAUCAACACGCAGGCUAUUUUCGCCAAGCGCUCUGGGAUGAUCAUCCUUGGUGGAGGUAUGGUCAAGCACCACAUUGCCAACGCCAACCUCAUGCGGAAUGGGGCUGACUAUGCUGUCUAUAUCAACACAGCCCAAGAGUUUGAUGGUUCAGACUCGGGAGCCCGGCCAGAUGAGGCUGUCUCUUGGGGCAAGAUCCAGAUGGAUGCACAGCCAGUUAAGGUCUAUGCUGAUGCUUCUCUGGUCUUCCCCCUGCUGGUGGCUAAGACAUUCGCCCAAAAGGCAGAUGCCUUCACAGCUGAGAAGAAUGAGGACUAAGAAGAUUGGUAAAGGCUGGGGUUCCUUUUAUACCUUUAUUUAUUACCUUUACAUAUCAGCCCCUCCCUGGGCCCACACACUUCUUGGUCAGCAGCAUCUCUAGAAUAAAUGGUCUUUGUUGUG